CACCACUAGGUCAAUCUUAUUUUCACUUGGUGAGUAGUUGUUUGCAGUUAUCAUGUAACCUGUAACACAUUACAAUUCAUGAAUUAUUUUUUCACGGUAUAGAUAUGAAAAACUAUUCACCAUCAUGGCCAGAUUUAGGAAUAACAAAAUCAUAGCGAUCUUAAUUUGUAGUAAUGUGUUGAUAUACUGUGUUUAUCUGUUCUUCACCAAGAAUUAUGUAAAGCCAUUGAUUCUAAUUCCAACUAUCGACAAGCUGGUAUUCGAUGUUAAUAACAAGAAAAUUUUAAAUAAGGAACCAGAAAAUGAUUUCAAGGAGAGUGAUAUGUUCUUGAAAAGUCCUUCAGAAUCAUUGUGUAACAAUUCCAAAUGUGGUUCUUUACAAAUCUUAUUUAUUGUAAAAUCCUACGUUUUAAACUUUGGUCAACGAGAAGCUAUACGUAGAACAUGGGGAGGCAUGACACAACUGCGAUCAAAAACUUUUUUCAUUAUUGGAUAUCUUGAUGGCAUUGAUUAUCUUGUUGAUAUGGAAUCAGCAAAACAUAAAGAUAUUAUUCAGUUGAAUAUGCAUGAUCAGUAUCAAAAUGUUGUUUAUAAAACAAUUUAUGCACUGAUAUGGUUAUCAAAUAUAAAUAUAACAGUACAGUUUAUUAAUUUUGUUGAUGACGAUCGAUUAGUUAUUCCACUGAAUAUGUAUGAUGUUGCAACACAAAAUAUUAACUCAACAGACUUAAUAAUGUUGGGUCAUAUGAUAAACAAAUCAGAAACUGUUAGAGAUAAAAGUUGGAAAACAUAUAUUUCUCCUGAAGACUAUCCAUUUGAUUUCUAUCCUCCAUAUAUCAUUGGGGGAACUAUCUUAGCAAAUCAAAAAACCGUGAGAAUGCUAGCAGUUGCUGUAGCCUAUAUUAAGGUAAUUCGAAUAGAAGACGCAUAUAUUGGAAUAGUAGCAAACUCAAUUAAUAUCAAAUUGAAACACCAUGCGGCUUUUUUUGCGUAUAAACAAUCGCUUUCGAUAUUGCGUAAUUCAGUCUCCUCUCCUGGUUACGAAACCACAUAUAUUUUGCUGAGGGACUGGAAUUUGCUUCAUACGAAAUCACAUAGUAUGCAAACAUAAGAAAAAGAAAAAAGAUUAAAAAUGUCAACUCAGUGAACGGUAAAAUUUCAGCUGGUAAUCAAUUAAAUGGCUAAAUGACAAAUGGAUCAGACUGUGUUUUUUUUUUUAUAUAAGCUUAUGGCUAUUUAAGUUGAUAUACUUUGAAGUAUUGUUUCUGUUAUCAGUUUUUCAUUCAUAACGAAAAUUAUGCAUCCUGUUGUUUUGAAUGUAUGUAUUUUCAAUUACUAUCAUUCCAAUAUUUGUCUGUUCUGAUAAUGACUUAUCGUACUUAUGUGCAUAUAUCAACUUCCUCAUGCGAUCCGUAAUUCUCAUAUUACUGCUUUAUGACGUUUGAGCAGUAAUUGUCAGCCACCUCAAACAUUGGAUGAUGUUAUCAACGACAACACAAUAUAUGGGGAAGACGUAUUAAGGUUACCUCCGGUAGGAAAAUCGAUCAUGAAACACGUCUAAUGGAGAUACAAAGUGAUGGUCAUUAGUCAGAUAAACAUUUUUGUAUCUCUUUUUUUUCUUUUAAUCCAGGUUUUGUUCCUCGUGUUGUGUGGAUCCAGUACAAUGACUUCACGUGCUAAUAGUGUAUGCUCUAUAUUUUACAGUUUUUGGUUGUUUGCCUAUGAGAUAGCUGGUCUCCUAAAUUUUAUUUUAAUUUUUUUUUUAUCUUUUUCUUUUAAUUCAUCAUCGUGUUUUAUCUUUGCCUCUUCUAUGAUUUGAUAACAAUGCUUAUAUUUUCGGUA